GAAAAAACAAAUGGCGGUUCUGGCCGCCUUCCGAGUGGAAAGGGCAGAGAGAGUGAGAGGAAAACGGAGAGGGGGGAAGAAAGGGGAGAGCAGCGAGGGCGGAGAGAGAGAGAGAGAGAGAGAGAGAGAGAGAGAGAGAGAGAGAGAGAGAGAGAGAGAGAGAGAGAGAGAGAGAGAGAGAGAGAGAUUGGGAGAGAGAGAGAGAGAGAGAGAGAGAGAGAGAGAGAGAGAGAGAGAGAGAGAGAGAGAGAGAGAGAGAGAGAGAGAAGGAGAGAGUAUAUAUAGAGCUCAAAGCUCUUUCUCUCCUCAUCAUUCAAUUUAAUCUUUAGAUGAGUUGCUGCCCU